CCAGUGCCCCCUGCAGUGACUUAGGGUGCAGGAGCUGUACCUGUACACGCAGGCUAGGCAGGGAGUUGGCUCCAAUGAACAGGUCCGUGGCCAGCUCGCUUCAUGUAUCCGCGGACAAAUGACCAUAUGCGCCCUGCACCUGGCCCUCGAUGUCAUUAGCCAGCCCCCAGAGUGACUCCCUGGGCUUUCUGCACCUUCCCCUCAGUUCAUUUUUUAACGAGGGCUGUGACCACCUCCCAAACCUCCUCCCAAGGGCCCCCACCAGCGCAUCAUUGAACCGUCUUUUAACAGGGUCGAGAAGCAGCAGACAGGACAGGGCAUCUCCUUCCAAGCACAGAGCGAACUGCCGCGCUUCAUCCUCGCUUCCCCACCGUCUAGCAUCGGCCAAAAGUUCAAAUUGAGCAUGAAAUGACUCCCAGUCUGACCCACCGGAGUAUUUUGGCGUCCUCACCGAGUUAGCUGAUGGCGGCGGAGGCGCGUCGCCAUGGCAACCGCCCAACGCCGAGGAAGCGGCGGAGGAUGACGGUGUCGUCCAGACGUCCCUGCGGAUCACCGUACCACUCAUGCGUGGGUGGGAGUGCGGCUGCUCAACGAUCACACAGUCGAGAGCUGCGUCCUGUGGCUUGGCUUUAAUCUCCAGAGCUGCGUCCCGCGACUCAGCUUUAAUCUUCACUCCAGCACUGCUAAACAUGCCACCAAAUUGAUAGCCUGAAGCUAACUGGCUAGCGGUCGAGGCGUGAUGAGAUCUUCUUACCGCAACAAAGUCUCUCUGCCUUUCCCAGCUGAUGUCCUUCCUCAUCAGCUUCGUCAGCACCGUGUUCUGUGGCCACCUGGGAAAAACUGAGCUGGCGGCCGUGGCACUAGCGAUCGCGGUGAUUAACGUCACUGCUGUUUCCGUUGGCAUGGGUCUGUCGUCGACCUGCGAUACGCUCAUAUCUCAGACCUUUGGGAGCGGUAACCUGAAGCGGGUCGGUGUGAUCCUGCAGAGGGGGGUCCUGAUCCUGCUGCUGGCCUGUUUCCCCUGCUGGGCCAUCCUCAUAAACACCCAACCCCUCCUGCUCCUCUUCCGACAGAGUCCGGAAGUUGCCAGGCUGUCUCAGCUCUACGUGGAGAUUUUCACGCCUGCUCUGCCGGCUACAUUCAUGUUCUACCUGCAAGGACGGUACCUUCAGAAUCAGGGCAUCAUCUGGCCUCAGGUCGUAACUGGAGCCAUCGGAAACCUGCUUAAUGCAGUCAUCAACUACAUUCUGCUCUACGUUCUGAACAUGGGCGUUGCUGGAUCGGCGCUCGCCAACACUUUGUCCCAGUUUGUGCUGGCGACCGUCUUGUUUGUCUACAUCGUCAGCAGAGGUCUGCACAAGAACACUUGGGGGGGCUGGUCGUCGGACUGCCUGCAGGAGUGGGGCUCCUUCGUCAAGCUGGCGCUGCCCAGCAUGCUCAUGCUGUGUCUGGAGUGGUGGAUCUUUGAGGCGGGCGGCUUCCUGUCAGGCCUGAUCAGCGAGGUGGAGCUGGGCGCGCAGUCCGUGAUCUACCAGCUGGUCCUCAUAGCCUACAUGGUGCCGCUGGGCCUCUCCACCGCCGCCAGCGUGCGCGUCGGCAGCGCGCUCGGCGCAGGAAACGUGGAGCAGGCCAAGCUAUCCUCCAAAACCGCCGUCAGCUGUGGAUUCGUGUCCUCGCUGUGCAUCGGCAUCCUGAUCGCCCUGCUGAGAAACUUCAUUGGCUACAUCUUCACCACCGAGAGAGAGAUCAUAGACAGAGUUUCAGAAGUCCUGAUUGUGUUUGCUUUCAUGCAUCUGUUUGACGGCGUAGCGGGCGUCCUCGGCGGCGUCGUCCGCGGCGUAGGGAAACAGGUGACCGGCGCUCUGUGUAACUUCGUGGGUUACUACUUCAUCGGAUUCCCCAUCGGCGUGUCGCUGAUGUUCCUAAAUGACAUGGGGAUUCUGGGUCUGUGGACGGGGAUGACCGUCUGCGUUAUGAUGCAGGCCAUCUUCUUCCUGAUCUUCUUCUCCAGACUGGACUGGAGUCAGACCUGUAAAGAGGCUCGACAGAGAGCCGGAGUCCAGAGCACUGACGGGAACGAGAUGCUGAGGAACGACAGUUCAGAGCCGAAAAAGACGGAGGUCAGCGCCACUGCGGCCAGCGGUCAGAGUGACCCCGAAGUUCCGGAGAACCAUGUCUACCAGAAGGUGAUGGCUGCAGAGCCGAACGGCGCCGCCGCCACCACGGUGGGAGACGUGCUGUCGGUGAAGCAGCUGAUCGUCCGCCGCUGCCUGGCUUUGCUCGUCAUGCUCGUCAUCCUUGCUGCUGGGAUCCUGAUCUUCACCCUCACGAGGCGGAUGGCCUCACAGUAACCCACCGGCCGCUCGGCCUUCAAACACUCAGUGGAUUCAGUUUUUUGUUGUUUUAUUUCCUGGAUUUAAACAACAGAUGGUUCCUGUUGAAACGGCGCCGUGUGCCGCUGCGCUCCUACAGCCAGGAGGAUGAUUUUAUUCUCAUCGUGAUGUUUAAAGAACAACAGUGUAUCUUAUGGUUCAGAUUAUCAGGAGGGAUGAAAAGUGCAUCACAUUUCCCUGAACAUAUUUUCUAUACAGAAAACAACAACAAAAAAAAUUAAAAUAGCCAAAGCAACGUAGUCAGAACUGAGAAUCAUGUUUUAACUGUUUCUGCUGGAAGAGAAUAAAGAGCUGGAACACUUCUUGAGAAAGUAACUGAUAAAGACAUUAUCUUUAUUGGCGCUGAUCUCUUGAUUCUGCAGUUUGCGUUGCUGUUGAGGUUUAUUGGAACCAGGAAGUAGAGAUCUGCUUGCAAAGCCAGUUUUCAUUACUGAUGUCCUGCAAAACCCUGAAAGACCCGCCUCCUCUCUGCUCUCAGCCAAUCACAGGUGAGCACACCUCCCUAACUGUUGCUAUGGCAACAAAGUGACUGACAGGCCUCUGGCAAGAGCAAUAGCAUGAUUGAUGAAUAGGUAAAUAGAUAAAUAAUAUUAGCUGUCUUUGCAUUUGUUGCCUUCUCUGAACCUCAGAUAACGCUUUAUGAGCGAAGCCACUUGAACCGUCUGGCAUAAGAACGGUCAAUUUAGCCUCCAGCAACACUUUUCAUGCUAGGCUAAAGAUGAGUGUUUGUUGACUGCAGAAGGUUUUUGGCUCACACUGUGUGUUUCACAUGAAGUAUUUGGACUCUGGUUCAACUCCAGCCGGUGUGAAUCCACCCCAAAACUGAAAGUCCCGCCCACCUCUCAAGCCAUGUGUUGUCGUUGGUUAUUAUCGCUGUAACAAAAAGAGCAGAAACACGUCUGUGGUUUGAUUUUUUGGCGGACUGAGUGAGUCAUGGUCAUUUGCUGGUCCACCUUCUCUGCUGUAUCUUUUAGGGAAAAUAUUGUUUCUGCUUGAAUUGUAAAUGUUGCCGUAGAACGCUUGAUCGGAGCCAUUAAACGUCUGAUGAGUGUUUUCAGGCCUGUGAGCUCCAGACGUCCAGAGUCCUGCUGGUUUCUCUGAACUCUCCACGUCUCUGAAGGGUCCUGUUGUGUCUGCCAUUGGACGCAUUAAUGCACCAUAACCUGUUUUCCAGCCCAUCAAAUGUUUAUUUCUACAUCCUAUAUUAUCUUUUGUAGAAUUUUUUUUUAGGGAUUUUCAGUGUAAAUAUUUAAAUGUUUACAUUUGGUACAUUUUGCAUAAAUUAACUAGGAUUUUGCUUAAACUUUUUUUUGUCAGCUGUUGGAAUUCACUGUUCCACAAUGACACACUCUGUAGGAUUGUAUUCAUACAGUGUUUUUAAUCAUUGUUCAUUGUGACCAAAUCAUAAAAUUCCAAGAUUUCAGAUUUCAGGUUUCAGGACUCUUGAGUUUUGCCUGCCUGUACAGAGUGUAUAAUCUGACUGGCAGUUGCAAGAAAAUGUAUCCGUCAGACAUGCCAAAGACUUUCGGUCAGCCUUAAAAUUAAUAAAAAUUUUGUGAA